CCGUGAUGCGAGCAGGAACUGUUUCGCAUUUCGAGUAACUCGCUAUCUCGUUUAUCGAUACGGUUAAUAAAUUUUUCGUAAAUUCACAAAAUCAAUCUAUAAACUGUUCUCAUUUCAAUUCGUUUGAAAGUAAACAAGUCGAAAGAAUUUUUAUUAAUUAAUUUUACUCGUGAUUAAAAGACGUGUUUAUUACUUCUCUUUUUACUUUUUACUUGUUUCUUCUUUUAUUCCUCUUUUCUGAGAAAUUGAACGACCGACUAGGAACUAAUUGUGAAAUCGUAUAAUAGUGUUUGGGAUUUCCUUAUUGAAAGAAUUGCCUAGGACUCAAUUUUCGUAAAAGGAUUUAUAUGCGCGUUCGUGCACAUUGACAAACGGAUUCAACAUCGGCGCGUUCCUGCGAUUUCGUUAACCAUUUGCCGUCCCUGGAGUCUCUACGAAUUGUAACUAUCUCAGGCUGAAGAGAAUCUAACUGGCGGCAACAGUUCAGAAAGGAGGAAAAAUCGAGCGAAAAGUGCGAUAAGAAAAGAGGGAGGAGAUAUGGUUUCCUCGGCGAUCUUCGGUGCGGCCGCUGGAACUGGCUUGGCCUUGUUCGUCGCAAUGACGAUAGUGGUGUAUCGAUAUUACGCGGUGAGACGAAAGGGAAAAUACUGGAGCAGUCUGGAUCGUUGGCCAGAUCCACCGGGCACGAAGAAAUCGGAAACACGACAAGAAGGCUGUUCGGAGCAUUGUCACGACGCCUCCGCGUCACACGUGCUCAAUUGUUGGCGAAAACAGCAGAAGAAUUAUCAUGCGGUGCAGACUACGGAAUUUAAUGUUGCCAAGGAACAACACGCAGUGCAGCCAUGCUCCUCCGUGGUCAUUGAAUCAGGGAGCUUGCCGCAUCAAAGUCGAAGCUAUCCUGGCGGUGGUGGCGGAUCCGGAAGCAUGGGACGAUUGUUCACGAGAAAUUCGUCGGUGAGCUCGCAGAGCUCGUUGGAAGGUGCGCCUGGACCGUCCGUCCAUCGCACUGGAACUUCGACCCAGAUUCGACCAUUUGGCCCUGAUGGACGGCACCACCAUCAUCGGGAUCCUUUGCACGCUGCUUCUUCUUAUCCACCCAGCAGGAGUUCGAGAUCACCAUCACCUGGACGUGCGGCAUCGUUAGAUGCACGAUGUGGGAGUCCAGCAAGUUGUUCGGGAAGUCUUCUGAGCAAUAACGCGUCACCAUCUCAGAGCUCUUUGUCGUCUCUGGCAACAGGUGUGAGCUCUUCGUGUGGUGGUUCCUCGAUAAGCGUUGCCCACGUAGCUUCCAGAUCAGCUGGUCGAAGUCUUUCACCUCUUCUUAUUCCACCGUCGCGCAUUUCUGGAAGCGAAGGUGGACCACCUCCCCCGGCAUCGCCACUCGGUUCUAUACAACCUGAUCUUUACCAACGAAGAGAUGGACCUAUUUAUCUUAAGGCUCGAGGAAAUGGAAAGAGUUUAGGCCGGCUGCAUUUGCGAUUCAAAUACGACUUCGAUCGAUCGGACCUGCAUGUACACCUGAUCGAGGCUCACGAUCUGGCUGGAAGUGAUCAAGGAGGAUUCAACGAUCCUUACGUGAAGCUGACGCUCAGCCCUGAAGUGGAUUCGAGAAAACGACAGACACAGAUAUACCGUAACGAGGCGAAUCCGUUCUUCGACCAACAAUUCAAGUUCCCCGUCAGCAACGACGAACUUCAAGACAGGACCCUAGUUUUACAGGUGCUCGAUUACGAUCGUUUCUCCAGGAAUGACAUAGUAGGUUCUGUCAAAGUACCGCUAAAUAUUUUACGAUUAGAUUCUCCUACCUCGACCGAAGAAGUUUGGGGAGACAUUGAACGUGAACGGAAGCCACCCGAACAAAUUCAAGAAGUUCUACUGUCGCUCUCUUAUCUGCCCAGUGCCGAACGAUUAACAGUACAGAUUUUGAAGGCGCGAAAUCUGUUUCCACCACAGGACAAAGAAACCUUAGAUUCCUUCGUGAAAGUAAAUCUCCUUUGCGGAGAGAAGAGGGUGAAGAAGAAGAAAACUGCUGUAAGAAAAGCGACCACCAGUCCCGUUUGGAACGAAGCAAUGUCCUUUAAUGUUCCUGCCAACUAUCUUGCAUCAUCAGCCAUCGAGGUAUGUGUGAUGGACUCGAGCAACGAGUUUAUCGGUGGGAACGUGAUCGUCGGUUCCUGUAUCGUUGGUCCAGCCACAGGAGUGAUUCGGGGAGUGGAAGGAAGCGGAAGUCAAGGAAGAGAACACUGGCUUCAUAUGACUCAAUCACCGAGGAAAACCAUCGACAUGUGGCACACGUUACACUAAAAGAAAAAGAAGAAGAGAAAGGAGUAGAAAAGCAAAAGAAUCGAUCGAUGUUAUGUUCGUCGCGUACCGUUUUCUAAAAAAAACAAAACGUGACCAUUUUAUGGGAACGUGGACACAAUUUCCUCUUUAUUCCUUUUUGUUUCGCUUCCUUGCCGAACUGCGAAGGGAAGGGUACAAUCAGAAAGCAUAGGAUAAAUAAUCGGUAAAUGGUAUAUGUAAACGACAGUAGCAGUGUUAUAUAUGUGAAACCGCUUUUAUCGAUGUACUCGAGACCACUAACGAAUAAGAAAACCACGAAAAAAAUACAUCGUUAUUGUCCGUUUCAGCGAAUCGCAAGGAUCGAUGUCCCUCGAUCCUCGAGAAUCUAUUAAUAUGAUAUUUCACUGUAACAGAUUUUCCGUAGGCUUGCUACGACCUUCGAGAUUGAAUCGUCUAAUCUGAAGGAAAUGGCACGUAUUGCGAGAUAAACAGUUCGUUUAUUCAUAAACAGGGAAUCGUGUCACAGAAAGUGGAUGGGAGAAAAUUUUGAAGGAAGGAAGGAAGGAAGGAAGGAAGGAAGAAGGAGAAAAAUUUGCGUAUGGAGGAGACAAUCGUUUCGUAUAUACACUACGUAUUUGUAUUUGCAUUUGGUAUUUGUAUAAUUUGUUUCUACUGGCGGCUAAAUGUACCUUAAACAAUCAGCAAGAUAAUUAUUCCAUUCGUGGUAACGAAUACGAGUGAUAGUAGAUAAUCGUGCUUCGAAUGACGAGAAACACAUGACCGUGCGUACUUUCCGUUACACAGUACUAUGAAAUUAUUUGCUCGAAGUAAUUUCAAGAUAAGACGUUCAAAAGAUGAUUUUUGCUAUAAGUAAAUAAGAUGGUGAUAGAAUAAAAGGUAGAAAUAAACAAAAGAAAAGAAAAAAGAAAAAAAAGAAAGAAAUAAAAUACAGGAGAGAGAGAGAGAGAGAAGGAUGGAUAAUUUGGUAAAUGAUAUGUUUUUCUAGUCCUAAUGUGAUUUUUAUUAUAGCCUGAAAUAACCGGAGUGGUUUCAGACUAGUAUACAUACGUAUGUACUUCCUAGGCCUAAGUUUGUACUAUGCAACAAAACUGACCUCAGAGAAGUACAAGGCGUGCUUGGAUGCGCCAUUGAAUAAUUACAAACGAACUGAAAGUCUAAUGAAAACGAUUCUCCUCCGAUAAAUAUAGUAUAAUCGCGUUAUCGUUGUUAAUGUCAUAAUUAUUUACGAGUACAUAAGCAGCAACAGAAAAUGCAAAAAAUUGUCGCGUGUACUAUUAUCGUGUAACGUUCGUUCGGACACGAGUCUUAAAACUAUUCAGCGCAUGAACAUUCGUAUAUCAUACGGAUGUUCCGAGAUACUACCGAAUAAUAAAAUAUAUAUUUCUCGAUUUAUUACGUUCCUUUCACAAACUUUUGCCAGGCAUACAACACCGCUAAAGAGUUAAAGAGAAAUAAAUAAAUACAGAAACAAGAGAUCAAAUUCUAUGUAUUUAAUAACGAAGUCUGAUUUAUACGAAAGAUAACGAGGAAGAACAAACAAAUAAAGAAAACCAAAUGAAAACGUGAACAUUUCCGACCAAAGUUUAUCAUAUCAUAUAUACCGAUAAUUUUGAAAAUUUCAGAGCUUAUAUCUAUUUAUUGUUAAUUUAAGAGAGUUCGACUAAGGAACCUGCCGUACUUAUAAAUAUUUUAGGCUCGUACAUACGUGUAUUACAGCGAUUUAAAAUGUUUUUGAUCCGUUGGCUGCGAGAAUACUAAUAAUGUGACAAACGUUACCUGGUGAAAAGAAAAAAAUAAAAUUAAAUGUUGAUCAUCGUUAAGUAUGUUGUAAGUAAAUAUAAAUAUAUGUUGUAUAAACAUAUACAUAUACAUAUAUCAUGAUAUAUGAUUACGUAACACGUAACAGUUGGUGAAAAUGAAAAAAGAGGGUUUGUUGGGAAGAAACGCUUAGCUAAUUAUGAGCGUGGUCCGAAUCGUACGCUUAACUUAUACUAAACAGUAUUUCUAUUAUAUUCCACAUACAUGGUAUUUAUAUUAAAAAAAAAAAGACAUAUAUGUACACAUAUAUUCAUAUUUCAUUUAUAUAUACAUAUAUAAUAUAUUACAUAUACAUAUAUAUAUAUAUAUAUAUAUAUAUAUAUAUAUAUAUAUAUCUUAUAUGUAUAUAUUAUAUACAUAUAAAAAUGUUCUUCUUGUACGUAUACCGUGUAAUAAAACAAUCAUUUUGGGUGUCUAAUACAAUACGCGCGUCCAACAUUCCGAAUAUACUUGUAAUAGCUGUGACGGCAUGUAACGACUACAUGAAUUUCCGCGUUCGUCAUAAAUGAUGAAACAGAAUCUCUGUAAACGCUACAUUUCUAUCGUAUUUCUACCAUUAACUUUCAUGCGCCUAUUUCAAGAACGAUCUCACGCGUCGCGAUUAUUUCUUGCUACUUUUCAAUACAAUACAUAGAUAGACAUCCCGUUGUCGGACCUGAAUUUGCCUUGCACAAUAAUAUUUAAACCAAAUGAAAAUGCUCGCAUCAAUCGCGAUUCCCAAUGAUUAGAACUACCCGAUGAUACCAUUUGGUUUAUGAUCGUUGUACAAAUAAUAAUUGAUGAAAGAAAUAAGGUUUAUGGUAUUACGGGGCGAUCGAUAAGCAACGCGGAGAAACAGUUUUCACAAUCGAUUUUCUGCACGUUUCGAAAAUGUCUCUAGUCUUACUAACGUCGUAAAGAAUGUACAAUGUAUCCUAAAUGUGAAGUGUAAUCGAUAUUUUCUUGUAAUGUAUCCUCGUGAUUCGAUUUAAAAUAAAGAAUUACUAAUAUCCAUCAGAA